AUGCGACAUUAAAACUCAGAAUCUUCUUAGGUACACUUCAGCUGAACUCACAUCUCUCAACAGCAUGUCCUACAACUGCUGCUCUGGAAACUUCUCUUCCUGCUCCUUUGGCAGGUACCUGCACUACCCAGGCUCCUAUGCCAGCAACCUGGCCUAUACCACUGACCUCUGCUCUCCCAGCACCUGCCAGCUGGGCUCUUCUCUCUACAGGGGCUGUCAGAAGACCUACUGGGAGCCCACCAGCUGCCAGACAUCCUGCUACCGCCCCAGGACCUCUAUGCUCUGCAGUCCCUGCCAUAUGACUUGCUCUGGAUCUCUGGGCUUUGGGCCCAGCAGCUGCCGCUCCCUGGGCUAUGGGUCAAGGAGCUGCUACUUACUGGGUCAUGGAUCUAGUGGCUUCAGAUCCCUGAAAUAUAGAGGCUGUCGUUUUCCUUCCCUGAGUUAUGGAUCCAGAUUCUGCUACCCAAAUUAUUUGGCUUCUAGAGCCUGCCAGUCUUCUUGUUACAGACCAAUCUGUGGAUCUCGCUUCUAUCAAUUCACCUGCUAAAUUUCUGGAUCCCUUUGAGUAUUGGGAUCAAAGUCUCUACUGAAUGCAGCCAUUGUAUUCAUUCUCUCCAGUUCCCAGUAUCCUUUUAUUCUUUCACCACCAGCUUCUUGAAUCACCUACUUCUGGCAGACU